AUGUUAUCUUUAUAUAAGUCAAAUAUAAAUAUUAAUGUAUUACAAAAAGUGAGAUCGACAUGUAGUAGUAGUAGUAGUAAUAAUGCAAUUAGUAGAGCAUCUUUCACUACAUUAUCAACAUCGACUGUAACAUCAUCAUCGUCAUUAGCAUCUUCAAUCAAAUUUAAAGAUCAAUCAAAGAAUAGAUUACAAUCAUUUAGUAAUAUUAAUAAUAAUAAUAAUACAUUUUUAAAUAUAAAUAAUAAUAGUAAGAAUUCUUCAAAUAUAAAUAGAUUAUUUAAUAAUAAUAUUAUAAGUAAUAGAUAUAACAAUAAUAAGAGAUAUUAUUCAAGUAAUCAACAAGAGAAUGUUAAUCAACAAGAGAAGAAUAAUCAAGAAAAAGUAAAUGAAGAAUCGAAUAAUAAUGAACAAACAGAUAAAGAAGAAAUAGGUAGAAAAAGAGUUGGUAGAUGGUUAUUGUUUUCAGCUGCAUUGACAGGUGCAAUGGUUGUCGUUGGUGGUAUCACAAGACUCACUGAAUCCGGUCUAUCAAUGGUCGAGUGGAAACCAAUCGUUGGUGCAAUUCCACCUUUAUCUCAAGAGGAAUGGGAAGAAGAAUUCAAUAGAUAUAAACAAUAUCCUGAAUAUCAAAAGUUAAAUAAAGGAAUGACAGUUGAAGAAUUUAAAAAGAUAUUCUUUUGGGAAUAUUCACAUAGAUUGAUGGGUAGAUUGAUUGGUGUCGUUUUCUUCUUCCCAUUCGUGGUGCUCAAGGUGCGUUGGGAUGGUACAUGGUCAAGUCGGGACUCGACGAGAAGCUGA